CGGGAAACAUUUUUUUCUAAAACAAGGAUAAAAAUUAAAGCAACGAUAUUGCAUCAUCGUGAUAGAUAGAAAACUCAACUUCAAACAAUUCCUUUCAUAAAGCCGCCCAACGUAUUUCACAAGAAAUAUUUGAUCAAUAGUUGUUGUUUACGUUCAUAAUAAAGGUUAUCUUUCCAUUAUUUACAGAAGGUCGUUCUUCUCGAUAAGUGUUUCUGCCUUGUGCAGUGUUCGUUUUUUGUGGUUCCGGAUACUGCCAAGAAAAGAGAAAUGGAAUGCGACAAUCAAGUAAGGACUCAACAAAGGGACUAUCUAGAAGAGGCUGAGUAUUUGAUUAAUGUAAAAGAACAUGUAAUCGCAGAAAUAAACCCCGAGGCAUCGUCCACUUAUAGCGCCACCACUAUUUUGAACUACUUUCAAGAAAAAAUGAUAAGUCCAUACUUACGACUGCUGAGCUUGAUGAGUCUACGUCCUCUGUUAACUAUACAAGAAAACAGUCCACUUCUAGAAUUUGUCAACAUUUUUUACGUCACCGUACUAAUGCUUUUCAUGAUCUUCGGCUAUUUCUUGCAAUACAUGUCGUGCUUUCGUAGAGACAGGGGAUUUUGCUACCUCAUACAAAACCCAAAUAUAUACGAGGGAGUUGGAGUAAGUGAAAAAUACAUACAGGAGAAAAUCUGUUAUGGAUCCACAGUUUUCAGUUUCAUCCUGCCUGGUUCUUUACAUCUUAUAGCUUAUUUACACGCUAUAUAUGUCAUGAGGAGUUCGGACGACGACCAGAUAUCCCUUCUUAUGGAAAGGGUAAUUUUAGCCUCAAGUAACCUUUCAAAUGGAUUUAUUGUUCAAAAAAAGCUGAUGAAAACCUUAUGGGUCUUCAUAUCGGUAAGUGUUGUAUGGAUACUGAUGUCAUCCAUAUCGAUAGCUUCAAUGACCAACGAAGGAAACAUCGAUUUUAAAUGGAUACCUGAAAGCAGGUCGCCGACAAUAGAUAUAUGUCUGAAAGUGUUAUUGGUGGCCACUAUUUUAUGGCAUGACAUGAUCGAAGGUAUAAUCAUUGCUAAUUACUGCAUACAAACUCAACUUCUGAUAUCAUAUUUGUUCUUCUUGAGAGAAAGACUUCUUCAGUAUGCGGUUGAACCCAUCAAGUGGAUGAGGGAUAUAGAAGAAUUCAAGAAAAUGUUGAAUUAUGUGAAUUCUGAGGUCGCUACAUCUGUCAGCAUCUUUACUCUGGUCAACAUUUCCUACGCAAUUUCUGGUAUAUUAUGGCUCCUGAAAUUGGACGUCAUAGAUAAGAAAACGAUACCUAUUUUAGGUAUCAGCCUGAUGAUCAUAUUGCUUUGGAUCUUUAUAUCGACCAUACCAUUCGUACAGGCGAUUCGACUCACAAAUGCUUGUGAAAUGUUGAAAGAUGUUGGACAUAAAGUGAGAAUCCAGCCUUUCGUCCACAGUGGGACUCCCAUAGCUGAACUAGAUUCGGUCCUCUUAUUCACAUCGACACUCAGAAUCCAUGCAAAAUUAUUCAGCAAUAUCGUGACAGGAUCAAACUUGCUGUUUUGUCUUGUGAUUACAUGUAUUGGUAUUUUAGUUUUAGGUAUGUGUCAUUACUUAGCGUUUUAAGAAAAAUGAUAUAACUUGUUUUUAGCCUUUUUGGCCGUUGUUAUAAAAAUUUUAUUAAAAAUGUGAUUUAUUUUCAA